CACAUCUCACACACAUCCCUACACACAUCAUGCAACACUCUGCUAUUGGGAUCCUGCUCCUCCUCCUCGCUGGUCACACGCUGCAACAGAGCGGAGAUUCGCCCUACGAGGAUGAAGAAGUUGAUGCAGAGACCAAUGUUGACUUCAGCUGUUUCACUAAACUCCACAUAAGAAAGAUGAGUUUCCUUCUUUGCAAUCUGACCACUCAAAGACCUCUGAAUUCUUUGCAGUAUCAGCUCAGAGUCUGUCAGGUGGUUAAUAUAUCAAACUGUAUGAACAUGAAGAAAGAAAAGGGAGUGUAUUCUGUGCACAGUCCGAUGGAUAAAUACAAUGUCUGUCUAACUAAAACAGGAAUGAAUGACAGCUGCAGAUGUUACCAAGCAAAAGACAUAGUUCAGCCUGACAUUCCAACAAACCUCAAUGUCACUUACGACAAGCCUGAAAGAGAAUACAGAAUUUCAUAUGAGUACAAAGACCCAGGCUACCUAGAAACGGAUUUACUAUUCCAGAUAAACAUACGCAAGGAAAAUGAGGAAUGGCCAGAAUGUGAUUCUUCUCCAAGUGCAGUAAAGAUAAAUACUGGACCAAAGUGCAUAAAAACUGCUCUUAAUGCAGUCAAUAUUCCGGAGCGAAAUCUUGUUCCCUCUGAAACAUAUGAGGCUAGAGUCAGAGUGCAGCCUAAUGGGUAUUUCUACAAAGGACCAUGGAGUUCAUGGAGUGAAACUGCCAGUUUUAACACCAGCUUUAUAAAGAAUCCACCAACAGUUACAGGUAUAACUAUGCCGGUGAUUAUAUUGGCUGUCAUCAGUUUCUUUCUGUGCUUAGCUGGGAUCUUCAUCAUUACCCUGUUUUGGAAAAGCAGAAUAAAACCUAUUGUGUGGCCAGAGAUUCCAAAUCACAAAAGCACACUGGAAAAGUUUUGUAAGAAACCACAAGAGCACCGUCACAUCAGCUUUAACCCAAGCCUUUUUGAAGAUUUUCCUAUCAAUAAAGUUGAUGAUAUCAAGGCACAGGAACACAAGGAAGACUGUUUCAGUGUUUCGCAAGAAGUAAAAAACAUAACUUGUUCAAGACAAGAUGGAUCUGGAGAAGAAAAUCGUUUUCUAUUGGACCAACACGGCCGAUUGCCAUGUGUGGAUAUUGAAGCAUUGUCUCGCUUCGGGAGCCAGAGUGUUCUACCCAACAACCUAGUCAACAUUACCGUCUCCAAUGGGAUGCAUAGCAAUUGUUUAAAAGGCACUCCUGUGAUAACCCAAAAUGUCCCAACUCCUUCUUGUGAAGGCUUCUUUGCUGGCAAGAAUGACCAAAAUAACCCUUCCACCAUAUUGUCCUUUGGCUUACCAAACUAUGAAAAUAAAGAAAAGCCCACAAUGCCAUUAUGUCGAGAAGAAGCCUACAUUUCAAUGUCAGCCUUUAAAACGCCUGGAAGUACCACUAAUGCACACUGUUAAUCAGUAACCAGCUGGCCUUGUAUUGAUGUCACUGGAUCUAUGAUGUCACAGAAAUCAAAGAAAGAAGUAAGGUAGUAGAAUGGAUUGAUUUGUCAGCUCAGGUUACCAACAAGCAAAAUCUUUGAAAUCAACAAGGCAAAUAAGCAGCUUUGUUGUCAGGAUUUGUGGCAUCAUCUCACAACCCAAAUCUUCACCACACUGUAGAUUUUAGGGAAAAGUUAUUGGCUGAUACAUUAGAUAGCUUUAAGAAGGGGUUGGAUGGUGUUUAGCAAGUGAGGGAAUACAGGGUUAUGGA